AUGUCACAAAACUACUUCAUAGAAAAACACCCAUCUGUAAAUUGUCCGGAUUUUUUUCACCCAGGUGGCGCGACCGACCCUGCCGUCACAGUCAGCUCUCUAGCUGGGUCCUCCCAAUACUCCAGCUACUCCCCCUCCAAGGGUCUCAUCUCCAACCCGGGCUUUUGGAAGCCGUCGUCCAACAACAAUAACCAGUACUUGGAGGUCAGGUUUAGUGAAUCAACUUACGUGUCGGGGAUCACUACUAAAGGGUGUAAUUCUGGAUGUCCGCAGAACGGGAGUCCGCAGUAUGUCGAAUCUUACAAACUGCAGACGAACAACGAUGGCUCCAAUAGUUUCCAGUACUACAAGAAUCUCAAAAGUGGCUCUGACGUUGUCUUCGAUGGAAACACCAAUGGAAACGGCAUCGUCCGCAACAAUUUUGACGUCCCGAUCCUCGUGCGGAAAUUGCGAAUUCGUCCAAUAACCUGGAAUCGUGGAAUCGCAUUGGCUGUUGAACUCUAUGGCUACACACCAGGUUCUGCCAGUGACCUUUGCUCGGGAAGCGGACAAAGUGUUGCAGAGGCUGGUGGGCCGGGCACCGUCUAUAUCCAGCAGGGUACCAACGGUGCAAUUGGAGGUCACCUUCAAGUCAACAACAUGGGAAAAAUUCCCAACGCCAAAACGAAUUCCGACUGUGACCAGUUUUUCUUUGAGGAUUCAGGAGCUGCGGCUUGGAUUUCAUCGGCCCAUGAUCUGAACUCAAUCUCCCUUAGCAAUGGCGGCCAUCUUGUCGUCGCCAGCAACAUCGACUUCACCCAGGCAACUGGUGAUGUCACUACCAUGAUGCAUCUCAUCUCAACCACGACCUGCGAGCUUGGUUCUCGCUUGGAAGUCGAGAGCCACGUUAAUGGCGAUGCGAUUCUGACGCUACCGGGGGUAGGCAUCACAAUGACGAAAUCUGUUACCGUGCGGGGGACUCUAAAUACCGAUCCCAACACGGAGUUGACGUUUGGCGGAUAUUCCGGUGCAACGCUAACUUUGAUACCGCGCUUGUCGUCCAUGCAAACUCUGCAACUGCGCUCAUUGACCAUUAAGACGAACGCGAAGCUAGACUUGCAAGAGUCCUCCACUGCAGGCAAUUGUGGUUACACCUUGGAUGUCUCGGUCUCGGACAGAAGCUUAACGAUGGAGCAUCCCAGUGAACUUACAGUUGCGUGUCCAGUUACCAUCGAUGUCACGUCAUUGCUUCUGGACGCUGCGAGUUUCAAUACCAAAUCGGUCACUGGUACCUCGUCAAUCCGUACACCAGCUCUGACAGUCACUGGGUCCGUAACUACAGGCAAAAUGGACCUCCUGGACUGCUCAAACCUGGACGUGCGAUCAACCGGGCAAAUGACUUUGACUUUAGGUGAUCCCAAAGAAUUAAGGGUCCCAACAAUAGAAGUUGAUGGUACCCUGACCUCUACCACUCCCGUAGCUGUGUAUUGCCAUGCCUUGACGGUUUCUCAGGGCGGUUCCUUCAGUUGGCCAGGAAGCAGUGGGUCAGUUUUAGAAAGCAACAUGACUUUUAUCGACGGUUACUUUAGACCGGGAAGUUUGGUAGGCCUUACGAGUGGUCUGCCUCAGUUCACCGUCGGAGCUAACGGCAAUGUUUCCAUAAUAACCGAGGACUCUUUCGGCACGGACAGUUUCGAAGUUCGGGGGCAAAUGGUUGUAUCAAGUCAGCCGGUAGUCUUCCGAGGUGUUAUGAACCAGUUAGUGAACAGUUUCACAAUUGCGAGUGGGGGCCAGUUGUCUCUUAAUACAACUGGUUCCGGCCAGUCUGAAAUACAUGCAGAGUAUGUCACCGUCGAUGGUGCCCUACAAACUGGACUCUUGAAUAUCGGCUCAGGAUGGAAUGAUCUUACAGUUGGUAGCAGCGGAAGUUUCACUUUCGAUCCAGACGGAAAUUUUGCCAUCAACACAAUCCACAUUUCCGGGGUGGUCGAAAGUCUGAAACAUCUGAUCAUAAAUGGCCGCAGCCAAUCAGCGACGACCAUUUUUGAGACUACAGCAGGCAGCUCGGUGACCUUUGACCUCGGACGAUUCCACAACGUAUCAGGGGAGUUGAACCACACUCAGCUUCGCGUUCAGGAUAUUGUAGUGGGAGGGUACUUCCAAGCGCACGAAUUGAGCUUUCCGUACGAGUUCAACCAGUUGAGAGUGGACCAAACUGGUGAACUGCACAUGAAUUCAGUUGGUCCACUUAUGGUCCACACUUUUAAAGUCAACGGCACCAUGCGUACCACCAAUCCCUUGAUAGUGACGGGCACAACAUAUGACAGAGCACGCUCACUCGUCAUCGGCGUGGCAGGCGAGGUCUUUCUCGACGAAGACGGCCGGUCGAGCGGGGAGUGGACGAACGUCUCCUACUUCGGGUUUCACGGCGUCACCAUUUCUGGCAGUCUUCAUGCAGGCCUUUUCAGCAACAUAUACCCUACAACUUUCGGGUGGGAUACGCUUUACUUGGACGGCGACGCGGAGUUUCGGUUUGAACCCGCGGAUGACUUCGCGUGCGAUUCUGUCGUCUUUUAUGGUGGUCCCACGAUGGAAGCAUUCACACCGGUGAUUAUGCGCGGGAGCACCGACCGCCUCAUACAGCAAUUAACUAUUUCUUAUCCUGGUUCCCUGCUGUUUGACACCAGUGAAGGUGACAAGAACCAAUGGCGCAGCGUGGGCUCGGAAGUUCACGCCGAAAUUGUCACCGUCGACGGCACUUUCCACGCAGGGCUCAUCGACUUCGGUGUCGGUUGGAAAACUCUCAAUGUCGGUGGCCAAGGAUUGUUCACGCUUCAAUCCACGGAUUUUCCCGUCAAUAACAUAACUGUCCAGAAUCCGUCCGGACGCAUGGAGGUCCUAACCCCACUGAAUAUUCAUGGGAGGGAGCAAACUCACGUCUACGAUUUAACAAUCGAGGCGGGUGCCACUCUGUCACUGGACACUGGUUCCUAUGCGGGCACUGAUUACACCAACAGCUCCUACUCAACCGUACUCAUCGACGUUGUGACAAUUGACGGUAGUUUUCUUGCGAGCAAACUCUCAAUCUCGGCAUACCAGAUCACAGUCGGAGGUAUGUUUACAUUUUAUGCCAGCACGCCCGAAGAAUUUGACUUCCUAACAGUUUCCUCAGCGGGGCAAGUCCAGAUUACAAACCCAGUAACAAUCUUGGGCCGUUCGUCAAAUCUUACCGAUAGUAUAGAUAUUGCCGGCCGUGUGAAACUCCACGCCGCCAUUUCUGACCAUAACAACCACGUCUGGUCGUCACUUAAUAGCUCAGUUUUCCACCUGGAUCAUUUAAGCGUGAACGGAACUCUUGAAGCUGGCAUCCUUUCCGUGGGCACCGGCUGGCAAACUUUCUCCGUCGGCGACCAGGGGGUCGUCACCUUCCAACCAGAAGGCACGUAUCGCAUCGACGACAUCACAAUUGCUGGUCAUGUGACCUCUUUCACUGCCAUGCCCGCCACAGCUCCGUUAAUAUCCGACUCCCUCCGUGUCUACUCCACGGCCGUGUUCGAUAUCGACUUUCGCGGCCCGGCGGGGUCAACAGAAGAGGGCGCUACAAAUUCCACCCUGCUCAUCGGCACUGUUCAGAUCACGGAUGGCACACUACAAGCUGGUUCCCUGUGGAUAGAGGCCAAUGAAAUCACCAUUGGCAACGGAGGAGUGUUAACUGUCGAAGGAGGGGGCCAUUUGUCCGAUCAGGGUCCAGGGGCUGGAGUAGCCUACGCCUCUGGAGCCUCAGGAGCAAGUCACGGCGGACGCGGUGGACGUGGAGGCCACACUUCCCAACGUACCAUCGCCGAGAACCUCCCCUACGGCAAUAUUUAUGAGAAGGGUUACUGGGGUAGCGGGGGCGGGUCCGGCGGGGGACUAGGUGGGCGCGGAGGCGGUCGAGUCGUAGCUCUUGUCACAGGGACAUUUGUCGUUGAUGGUACUAUCCGUUUGGAUGCUGAUAAUGCAGUGGGGUCGCAUGCUUCAGGAGGAAGUGGUGGUGCAUUGUGGGUGGAAUCCAAUGAAUUCCGAGGCACGGGUUACAUCUACAGCAACGGCGGUGCUGGUAGCGGGUUUGGAGGCGGCGGGGCCGGCGGAAGAGUGUCAAUCAAUUAUGACCAUGGCGACUUCAAAAGUGGACACAUUUUUGUCAAGGGUAAGUUUACAUGCAGUUUGCAUUUAUGA